UGUCACACUCAACCAAAUUCACUUAUUUAGCGUUUAGACAUAAUUUUCUGAAAAAACAGGCUACUUCAAAGAUAUAUAUACAAUCUUUGUAUUUCGGGUUUCAUCGAUUUAUGAUGAUCUUGUUAUUGCCACACAAUCACAGAUCACUCGCUAGCCUCGUGAUCACGCAGCAGAAAAAGAGUUUUCAUUAGGUGCUUGCAGUACUUAUGCAUGGGCUUUCACUGUCAUGUACCGUAUGAUAAACAUAACUACAUGAUGAAUCCUAUACCCCUAAUAUUCCUUUUCCAAGAUCUAAAAGUAACCCUUAUCCCCGAUCAUCGUGAAGGUGAUAGGGACAGUGAAUCGAAUUCGAUGGGGGUUGUUGCCUGUGAAUAAUAACAAAAACCAGUAAGAAGAAGCAUCCAUGCAUUUUUGCAUGUCAGAUGAGAGAGCCCAGCUCGUUGACCCUUGAAUUGAUUAUAUUAUGGUUUUGUUAGUGACUAAAUGUCCAUAAAAAAAUGUCGUCUCUGGUGGAGGUUUUUCUUCAUAUCUAAUUAUCUGGAUUGUCUGGGUGAGGUUUUCCUAACAACUAUAUUGAUAUAUUCAACUACAGACGGGUACAAAAUAAGCGCAUGCAGAGGACUUUGUCUUAUGGGAUGGGUUCUCUAUGUCUGCUCUUUUGUGGGUGUUUCUGGCUUUACUGGGUCAUUCACACCUCUUAUAUGUCUUCAAAGAGUACGGCUGGAAAUACCAUUGAAGGUGUGGCUUAUAUAAAUGGGGAAACUUCAAUUGGACGAAUAGAUGAUGAUUUUGUCUGUGCCACUUUGGAUUGGUGGCCUCCUGAGAAAUGCGACUAUGGAAGAUGUAGCUGGGGCAGAGCUUCUAUACUAAAUCUAGACCUAAACAACUUUAUAUUACUGAAUGCCAUCAAAGCUUUUUCUCCCUUAAAAAUUAGAUUAGGUGGGACCUUACAAAACAAAGUCAUAUACGAGACAGAAGGCAAUGGACAACAAUGCAAUUCAUUUGUCAAAAAUAAUUCAGAGCUGUUGGGAUUCUCUCAAGGCUGCUUAUCAAUGUCUCGCUGGGACGAACUCAACCUUUUCUUCAAGAAAACCGGGGCUGUUGUUGUUUUUGGUCUAAAUGAGCUAAGCGGCAAGACUAUAGACAACCGAGGUGCUGCCGUUGGACCUUGGAAUUCCAGUGAUACUGAGUCUCUUAUACGAUAUAGUGUCAGAAAGGGUUAUACUAUUCAUGGUUGGGAGCUUGGAAAUGAACUGAGUGGUAAUGGAAUUGGAACAGAAGUUUCAGCAGAUCAAUAUGCAUCUGAUAUAGACUCUCUCCAAAACAUAGUGCAGAAUAUUUAUGCUGGUUUCGAAGUAAAACCACUAGUCAUUGCACCAGGAGGUUUCUUUGACGCAAACUGGUUCUCAGAAUUCAUCAAGAAAACACCUAAAUCUCUUCAGGUGGUGACAUUCCACAUCUACAGCCUUGGUCCAGGUGUGGGUGAUCACCUUGUUGACAUGAUCCUGGAUCCAUCUAGUCUAGACAGCGUAUCGCAUACAUUUAGUAGCCUUCAGAGCAUCCUGAAGAGUAGUGGGACUCGAGCAGUUGCGUGGGUUGGCGAAGCAGGCGGUGCUUAUAACAGCGGCCACAAUCUUGUCACUAAUGCAUUUGUUUUCAGUUUAUGGUACUUGGACCAGCUCGGAAUGGCGUCUUCUUUUGACACCAAAACAUAUUGUAGACAAUCCUUGAUUGGUGGAAACUAUGGCCUACUCGACACUUCCAGUUUCGCUCCAAACCCUGAUUACUACAGUGCACUUCUUUGGCACCGUUUAAUGGGAAACAAUGUUCUAUCCACAAACUUCCGCGGAACCAAAAAAAUUCGUGCUUAUGCUCACUGCUCAAAGAAAAUGCAAGGAAUCACAUUGCUCUUGAUCAACCUAGAUGGUACCACUACAGUUCAAGUGUACAUUUCGACAGAAAAUGAUACUAGCAUCAGUACUUCGACUUCACAAGAAAGUCAAAAUCCAAGAACAAAAUUUGCUACAAUGUCUUCAGGGUCUAAAAUUGGCAAUGGUACUAGAGAAGAAUACCACUUAACAGCAAAAGAUAGGAAUUUACACAGCCAAACAGUGCUUUUAAAUGGGCAAAUACUCACAGUAGUUUCUUCUGGUGCUAUUCCAUCCUUGGAUCCAAUAAAUGUAAACCAAUCAGAUCCAGUAACUGUUGCUCCUUUCUCUGUUGUAUUUGUUCAAAUACCUUACAGUAAUCUCUCUGCAUGUAGUUAAGUGCACCGACAAAUAUUGAUAAAUCCCACUUGCACGUGUACAAUAAUAUCCCAAAUUUGUACGGGAGACAAAGAAGUGGUCACAAAUAUGAGUGAUUUUUUUCCUCUAA